GUCUGCGAAAGCAAAAUGCCCCUUUCCUUCCUCGCAAUUGCCAGUACUUCACCUUCCUCAUUUCGGCAUCGCCUUGCACUUUCGCUAAUAAUAGGACCCAAGGAAUACAGAAACGCGCCAGACUGCACGACAGGAGAGGGAACAAAACGCUAUUAGGAAUGUUGCCGCUUUCGCUACUAAAUGCCGCAGUCGGCCACCCAAUUUUGGUGGAGCUGAAAAACGGCGAGACAUAUAACGGACACUUGGAAAAGUGCGACAACUUUAUGAACAUCACAUUAAGAGAGGUCAUCCAGACCGCCAGCGACGGGGACCGGUUUUGGCGUUUGCCUGAAGCCUAUGUGCGCGGAAACACGAUCAAGUACCUGCGGAUUCCCGAUGCGGUUCUCGAUAAGGUGAAGGAGGACAUGAACAAGAAGCGGAACAUGGGUAGCCGCGGUGGCCGUGGCGGUCGGGGACGCGGUCAGGGCGGGCGCGGCGGAAACCGUGGUGGACGCGGCGGCAUGUACCGCAGCCAGCAUCAGGGCCACUACCAGCAACAGCACGACUAGAUCAGUGGGCGUGCUUCCUUGGACAAGUGCGACUUCUUUUUUGACGAUACCCAAUAAAAAUGUUCAUUUUUGUUCACCGUUUCACUCUGUAAAAACCCUUUUUGAAUAGAAUUUCUCUUUUCCUCUUCUUUUCGCACUCUGCAUUUCUGUACUCUAUGACGACAAUGAGCAAAAUAACCAGCUUCAAGGCAAGCGAGGUUGAGGGAUACAUUGCGCGAGGAUGGCUCGAUGCGCAGGACUCUCUGAGCAAUUCCAAGUCCAGCAGUGCAGAGAAGCCCACGGUGCACAAGGGCACUGCUGCUGCUG